CAGGGAGGAUUUUUUUUGUGUGUGCGUGUGUGUGUGUGUGUGUGUGUGUAUACUCAUCUACGUAUUGUGAUUUAGGACACAGUUUAUAUCAAAUCCACGCAUAAGGAAAGACUAGAAGGCAACCAGGAGGGUAGAGCAUGCUUUUUGCCUAGCUCUGCCCCGCAGUGACUGUGCGUGUGUGCGCGUGUGUGAGCGUGUGUGCGCAAACCUCACGCAUGACUCGCGCGUCCACCCGGGUACCACAAUCAGACCCCAAAGCGAAAAGAGGCAUCGCAGGCGUCCCAGCAGUUCCAGAGAUGGUGAUUAUAGACUGACGAGUCACUGAGGCUGUGUGGAGGCUGCAUUAAUCGCUCCAGACACCAGCAGACAGAAUGAAGCGACCUGGGGCCAUCUUCCUCCCCCUGUUCCUCCUCCUCUGUAUCUCUCUGCCAGUACACUCCUUGAUCUCCAACUGCGUCAUCAAGCGAGAGCAGGAGCGAUGCAUGGAGAGGAUCGCGCUUCAUGACCCGACGCAGGACCAGGAGUUCGGUUGUGCUUGGGAGUGGGAUAACCUGACGUGCUGGCAGGCGGCGAGCAUGGGCGAGAUCGUGGUGGUCAACUGCCCUGAGCUCUUUGAGUUCAUGAGCCCUGAAGAAGGGCUCGGGAAGAUCAGUAGGAAUUGUACAGAGGACGGUUGGUCAGAGCCGUACCCGCAUUACGUGGAAGCUUGUGUGUCUGAGGAAAACACCACCAAGCCGGAUAUGUACUACGCCUCAGUGAAGGCUCUGUACACUGUGGGCUACAGCACGUCUCUGGUAUCCCUCACAACUGCCAUGGUCAUCCUCUGCAGGUUCAGGAAGCUGCACUGCACCAGGAACUUCAUCCACAUGAACCUGUUUGUGUCGUUUAUCCUGAGAGCCAUCUCGGUCUUCAUUAAAGACGGGGUGCUGUACGCUGAGGAGGACAGCGACCACUGUUUUGAGCACACGGUGGCGUGCAAGACGGUGAUGGUGUUCUUUCAUUACUGCGUCAUGUCCAACUACUUCUGGCUGUUCAUAGAGGGCCUGUAUCUUUUCACACUGCUGGUGGAGACCUUCUUCCCAGAGAGGAGAUACUUUUACUGGUACACCCUCAUUGGCUGGGGCACUCCAACUAUUUGCGUGACUAUAUGGGCGGUUCUGCGGCUGCAUUUUGACAACUCUGGUUGCUGGGAUAUGAAUGACCACACUGCCCUCUGGUGGGUGAUCAAGGGACCUGUGGUUACUUCAAUUAUGAUAAACUUUGUGCUAUUUAUUGGGAUCAUCAUCAUCCUCGUCCAGAAACUGCAGUCCCCAGAUGUCGGAGGGAACGAGUCCAGCAUAUACCUCAGCUGUGCUCAGAAAUGCUUCAGUGAGCCCGCACAGGCUGUCCAGCAUUCGUGCAGGAUGUCAGAGCUUUCUACCAUCACCCUGAGGUUGGCUCGCUCCACACUGCUGCUCAUCCCUUUGUUCGGGAUUCACUACACCGUGUUCGCCUUUUCCCCAGAAGAAGUCAGCAAGCGGGAGCGACUAGUGUUUGAGCUCGGACUCGGCUCUUUCCAGGGCUUUGUGGUGGCUGUGCUGUACUGCUUCCUGAACGGAGAGUUUCUGCCUGAAGGUGCAGUCGGAGAUCAAGAGGAAAUGGCGCAGCUGGACGGUGAACAGAUACUUUGCUGUGGACCUGAAGCAGCAGCGGCACCCUUCGCUAGCGAGCAGCGGCGUGAACGGGGGGACGCAGCUCUCCAUUCUGAGCAAGAGCAGCUCACAGAUCCGCAUGUCCAGCCCCCAGGCCGAGAGCGCAACCCUCAACCUGCCGACCUGAGCGUCUGAUUGGACGAGCCAACUCCGAAUCUGAUCCCAUAAAUCCGCCCCUUUCUGAUUAAACCCUGCUCUAGCCUCGGGGUCUCGCUCACUGGACCGGCUGAAGAGGCUGUCUAAUUAUCAAUAUUUGUCCGUUAAUGAAACAAAGACAUGAUACAUGACACAUGAUACGUGACACCUAACAUAUAAAUUAGGAUUUUGUUCGAAAAUCUGUUCCAAAUGCUACAUUAAGAGCAUCGCCGCUAGUCUCGGUUUCUACCAGGUAGCACUAGAAAUCAGAUUCUGUGCAAAAUAUAAUCAUCAUCAUCAUCAUCAUCAUCUACAUUCUCAAGGUUUGGUCCAAUCCGAUGGAAACUCAUCUGAUCCAUUUUUAGUCUUGGAACAAAUUUCCCAGCUGUACUGUGUAACAGACGUGUGUUACUUUUAUUAAUAACUAACGAAUAACUGCAAAUAAAUUAGGAUGUAAGAGCAGCGAUGAGUCGGAACCACAGAAUGUUCUCACUGUGUGAGGAAUAAAACACCUGAGGUGUGAUUUUAAACGAAAAGGAUGAACUUUUCCUCUAACUGCAAAUCUCACGUCUUUUAUUCCUCUGUUACAGCAGAAAGGUACAAAUAAGAGACACCAACAAGUUACUCUCAAAGUUAGGGAAAGUCAACAUCAUUAUCAUCACCAUCAUCAUCAUCAGUAUCAUCAACACCAUCAUCAUCACCAUCAUCAUCAACAUCAUCAUCUUCAUCGUCAUCGUCAACAUCAUCAUCGUCAUCAUCAUCGUCAUCAAUAUCAUCAACACCAUCAUCGAUAUCAACAUCAUCUUUAAUAUCAACACCAUCAUCCUCAUCAUUCUCUCUCUCUCUUUUUACUCUCUCCUUUCUUUUGCUUUCUCUCUUUUAUUCUCUCUCUGUGUUUUGCUUUCUUUCUCUUAUUCACUUUCCCUCUCUUUUAUGUUCUCUCUCUCUCUCUCUCUCUCUCUCUCUCUCUCUCUCUCUCUCUCUCUCUCUCUCUCUCUCUCUCUCACACACACACACAUACACACACACACACACA